UCCAACCCGUCUCUGCGCUGCGUCCUUAUGGCGUUGAACAGGACGCCUCAGCAGGACUCCAGUCAGCUGCCCAGCUGCUCGUGCUCUCCGGUGCAGACGUUCAGCGCCGGCUCCUCCUGCAAGCUGCUCACCAAGAACGCCGUCUUCAGGAGGCCCGACGGAGGCGGGACGCUGGUCUGCGCCGGGGACGAGUCCUCCAACUCCACCAUGGUGUGGGACGCAGGCAGCGGCUCUCUGCUCCAGAAGCUUCCGGCGGACCUCCCUGUGCUGGACAUCAGCCCGUUCUCGGUGAACGGCGAGCACUUCCUGGCGUCGCUCACUGAGAAGAUGCUGAAGCUGUACAGGUGGGAGUGAACGAGCAGGAAACACGGCGCGGAGCGCGCGGCGAGGGCGAGGAGCGCGCGGCGAGGGUGCAGUCUGAGCGAAAUUCUGCAAAACCAAAUGCUGCUCAACUUUUAUCCGUUUAGACGCAAAAAAAACAAAACAUU